AGACUCGCUUCCGCAUGCAAAUACUGUAGCCUAAUGUCAAGUGGAAGCAUUGUAGCGACAACAACGAUAGUUUUUGCACAGCAGGUGCCUGUCCGAAGAAAAUAUUUAAUAUUGGGAUAGUAUUGACAUAGGUCGGCAGCAGGGUUAUAGCAUUCGGAAGCGUUUCUCCUGUACAGCAAUAACAAACUCGAGGUAUAUUUUAUAACAAAAACAAGGUAGGCUACUGGUAUGUUUCACUGUGAGGUCUUUGCCUCAGUUUGGGGAUAUUGUUGACAUUCAGGAUGGACCUAAAAGAAAAGACAGCUGCCAUAUUGAAGCAGUAUGAAGUCGGGAGCAGAUUCUCCUACUUGCCUGUCCUGCCCAAAGCCUCCGUGUUGAUACCGCUGUUUGUGAGGGACGGAGAGGUACACAUGCUGAUGACUCUACGCUCCCAAGAGGUCAGUAAUAUGGCUCUCCCUAACUCCCUAGUUUAACCACUUUACCUUAACUAUUCUGUAAUGAAUUCUCAGGCCUACAGUUUUGCCAUUGAACAUACAAAAUUGUGUUAUGAACAUUGAAACCAUUAAUACAAAAGACAUGACAGUGUUACAUCCAAAAGUGUGAAAUUGUCCACUGUAUUUAUAAACAUAGCCUUUGAUCUUUGUGCGUUAAACAACAUUGGGAUGUGUGAAAUUUACUCCUCAGUAGUGAUGGGUCGUUCGCGAACGAACGGCUCUUUUUGAACGGAUCUUUUUGGUGAACGUCGGGAACCGAAUUGCAUCGGUGAAAGAGCCGUUUAUUUGGCUCCCUGAUUUGCAUACUGCUGGUACUGCUUUUUGAGCUCAAAACAACGUUUUUCGGCAGAUAAGUUACAAAAUAAUUAGCUAAAGAGCGUCAAUCCUCACUGCAGAAACAAUAAAUAGUGGGGAGAGCGAGUCAAUCUGGUCCACGCUGAUUUUUUCAGUGCAGGCCAUCUAAAACAAUUAUUUGAACGUGUAUUUCACGAUCUGACACAAUGGAAGCCAAACUUUUGGGCUUUACAUUGUAGAUUAGCAACAUUUUCAUGGUUCUAGGUCUAUUUAAGUAUUUUGAACAAAGAUUUGUUUGGGAGCCAAAUGAGCCGUCGUGUGAGUGUGUCGCUGACUGGUAAACUUCAAAUCAAAUGUUAUUUGCCACAUGCUUCGUAAACAACAGGUGUAGACUGACAUUGAAAUGCUUACUUACGGCCCUUUCCAACAAUGCAGAGAAAGAAAGUAGAUCAAUAAUAGAAAAGUAAAACAGGUAAUAAUAAAUACACAAUGAGUAACGAUAACUUGGCUAUAUACACAGGGUACCAGUACCUAGUCGAUGUGCAGGAGGACGAGGUAGAUGUGUACAUAUAACUAGGAAUAAAGUGUCAGAUAAUAAACAGUAGCAGCAGUGUAUGUGAUGAGUAAAAAAAGUUAGUGCAAAGGGGGUCAAUGCAGAUAGUUAACCAAAUAGCUACCCGGACAAACUAUUUAGCAGUCUUAUGGCUUGGGGGUAGAAGCUGUUCAGGGUCCUGUUGGUUCCAGACUUGGUGCAUCGGUACUGCUUGCCAUGCAGUAGCAGAGAGAACUGUCUAUGACUUGGGUGGCUGAAGUUAGAAAAUGUUUAGGGCCUUCCUCUGACACUGCCUGAUGUAGAGGUCCUGGACGGCAGGGAGCUCGGCCCCAGUGUUGUACAUGGCCGUACGCACUACCCUCUGUUGCGCCUUGCGGUCGGAUGCCAAGCAGUUGCCAUACCAAGUGGUGAUGCAGCCAGUCAAGAUGCUCUCAAUGGUGCAGCUGUAGAACUUUUUUAGGAAAUAUUUUCAGCCUCCUGAGGGGGUAGAGGCAUUGUCGUGCCCUCUUAACAACUUUGUUGGUGUGUGUGGACCAUGAUAGAUCCUUAGUGAUGUGGAAACCGAGGAGAUUGAAGCUCUCGACCCACUCCACUACAGCCCCCUUAAUGUGAAUGGGGGUGUGCUUGGCUCUCCGUUUCCUGUUGUCCACAAUCAGCUCCAUUGUCAUGCUAAAGUUGAGGGAGGUCUCUAACCUCCUCCCUAUAGGCUGUCUCAUCGUCAUCAGUGAUCAGUCCUACUACCACCAUCGUGUCGUCUGCAAACCUAAUGAUGGUGUUGGAGUCGUGCAUGGCCACGCAGUCAUGGGUGAACAAGAAGUACAGGAGGUGACUAAGCAUGCACCCCUGAGCUGCCCCCGUGUUGAGGGUCAGCAUGGCGGAUGUGUUGUUGCCUACCCUCACAACUUGGGGGCAGCCCAUCAUGAAGUCCAGGAUCCAGUUGCAGAGGGAGGGGUCCUUAGCUUAGUGAUGAGCUUUGUGGGCACUAUGGUGUUGAAUGCUGAGCUGUAGUCAAUGAACAGCAUUCUCAUAUAGGUGUUCCUCUUAUCCAGGUGGGAAAGGGCUGUGUGGAUUGCAUUAGAGAUUGCGUCAUCUGUGGAUAUGUUGGGGAGGUAUGCAAAUUGGGGCCUGACGCUUCAGGAGGGCACUGACGUGUGCUAGCAAGGCAGACGUCCUGGGUUUGUGCCAGGUAUGGGCCGAAUCGGGAGGAAGUGGUACUCGCUAAGCAAGCAGCAUGAUGUCCUUUACACAAGCAAACAAAAUGGAAUGGUGUACAACUCGCUCUUUGUCUCUCUCUCUCUCUCUCUGUGCUGCAGCUGAGGACCAACGCAGGCGAGGUGUGUUUCCCAGGUGGGAAGAGGGAUCCGAGGGACAGGGAUGAUGUGGACACGGCUCUGAGAGAGGCAGAGGAGGAGAUAGGCCUUCCUCCUGACCAGGUGGACGUGGUCUGCACACUCUUCCCCGUUAUGAACAAGGUACACAUGGGGAGAGGUUGCUUUUACAUGAAAUGUUUCAAAAUGGACGCUGAUGAUUUCUCAACUGCCCCACUAUCAUGGUGUAACAGGAUUCAAGUCCUGGAGAACUAUUAAAAAAAAAACUGCUAAUAGCAUAAUUAGACCAUAAUUAGCGGAAUCAGGUGUUUUAUUGAAUCAAGUUGGAGAAAAAUCCUGUACACCAAGUAACUCAAUGACCGAAGUUGGAGAACCCUGCCCAGUAUAGUACAGUAUAUUUUGGUAUUAGAUAUUGUCAAUAGAUUAUAGGCCAUACUUCUAGUCAGAGAUAUUCAUACUUUCUCCUCUCCCCUCUCUUCCACAUAUUUUAUUUUCUCUCUUUUCUCCCCUUAAUUCCCCUCGCCCCUCUCUAUUCUCUUCUCUCUCCCUCCUCUCUCUCGCUCUGUAGAGUGGUCUGUUGGUGACUCCAGUGGUGGGAUUCAUUGAGGCCUCAUUCUCUCCUCGCCCAAACCCAGCCGAGGUCAGCGCUGUGUUCACUGUCCCCCUGGAGUUCUUCACUAGAGAGAUAGACCACUCAUCCUACAGCGCCCCUGGAAUUGCUGGCCUGCUCCACAGUUUCCAGUUUCCGGACUCUGAAUCAGGCAGCCACUAUCAGAUAUGGGGCCUGACUGCCAUUUUGGCUAUACUGGUCUCUGUCCUAGCCCUCAGGAAAAAGCCAGAGUUUGAGACUGGUUUUGACUCUGAUGACCCGGUAUCUUUCUUCCAACACAAUCUAAACAAGAGGAUCAGUAAACUAUGACAGAUAAAUGUUUUGACAUUUUAACCAGAUCAUUAUAUAAUGUAAUGAUAGUGAGAGCAUAUUUUUCCCUAAAAUGUUGUAAAUGUAAUUGUUCUGCCAACUGUAAAUGUGGAAUUAUGUGCAAUACCUACAGUCUUUACAAAAAUCGAACGAAAAAAAUAA